UACUUUUAACAUGUACAUUGCCUGGAUGAAUCAUGUUGAAUGGGUAGAGAUGAAUUGAAGUUUUUUAAUUUUGAUUCGCUUCAUGAUUUUGAUACACUACAUAGGCAGAUAAGUAGAUAACCAUUCGAUUUAAAGAACUGUCAACUAGCUGGAUGUGUUUAGCGGCAGCUACCGCGUUAUAAAUCUUAGACGGCGGCAGGGCUGUCAAAAUAAAUUACAAACAUGGAUAUUCUACCGAGUGGAAAUAUAUUUCGAGAAUUACAAGUCGUGCACGACACUGGGUACUUCUCUGCUCAAGCCUCACUCGAGGACCGUUGGCAACAGAAUUGCCUGGAGAUGGAACGUUAUUUAAAAAAUGAGCCAAAACUUACAUCUUUCAAGAAACUUAAAGACUCAAAAUUAGAGCCCAGGCAGGCAUGGGUUGACUCAAAUCCUCCAACACCAUGUUCAUCUGUGGAUCAGGAAAAUUCGGAAAAUUUGGCAGGUUUAACUGAAGAUAAUGACGAUUUAUUAAUUCCGGAACCACUUAGUGAUUGUGGGGACGAGGAUGAUGAUGAUUUGACGGAAACAGAGUCAGUUGAUCGUCUUUCAGAAUUAGCGCACCUUAAUCUUAAUGAUCGAACUGCAGAUAACCUUAGUUUAAAUAGCUUUAGUUCAUCAAGUAGUGGUGUGUCUUGGGAUUCAAACAUGUCGGACCCGCCACUUUCGCCGAUUCAACCGAAAUCCAAUGAUCCGUUUGCAUUACGGCUUGUUGCUGGACCAGGUCGUACACAUAUGGUCGCCAUGCGCGUCCAUUCUGCAGAUAAUUUGCAUAAACAACAACGUGUACUUGUUCCAGGACAUAGUGCUAAUCGUUCACGACCUUACACUACUCAAAAUGUAGGUCAAGGACAAAUCCAAGGCCAAACAUUGACACAAAGACCUCCAUUGCCUAGUGCAGUUCGCCAGUGUGAUUUGAGCCCCGAUUCAAAAAGGAGGAACCAUAAAUGUCCGUAUAAUGGAUGUAAAAAGGUUUAUACUAAAAGUUCACAUCUCAAGGCACAUCUACGAACACAUACAGGUGAGAAACCAUACUGUUGUAGCUGGGAAGGUUGUGAGUGGAGAUUUGCUAGAUCUGAUGAGCUUACACGACAUUACAGAAAACACACAGGGGCCAAACCAUUCCGUUGUAGAUUUUGUGAUCGAUCAUUCAGUCGGAGCGACCAUCUUGCACUGCACCUCAAACGACAUGCAACGUCUGAUUUGUAACGAGAUCUAACUUAGGACUUUUUAAAAUUUUUCAUACAUUUCCAUUUAGAAGAUUUCUUGACUUCAAUUUCUUCAAAAGGUCUUUUUUGUUUAAUGGAAGUUCAAAUAUCUUCAGUUCAUGUUUUCAUAUUUUCUGAGGGCGACUUUGCAAAAAAUGUUGCCAUCAGCACAGUGCGUAACACUGCAGUGACAUUUACAAACACCUUACAUAUAAUGUAAUUCAUAUCGUUUCAAACAUUCUAAAUGUCCUAUGUGAUAUAUGUGACUCAAAACUUAUUCAGGGGCUUCAUAUUACCCUCCAACCUCAGCCUGCACAUGUCUCGUUUCGUGAAGGGAGUCGGCCUACGUUACACAAUACUUGUAGUGUGUUUGUGUUUUGACUUUGAACUUUGACUCAACUUUAUAAUGCCAGUACUAUGAAAGACGUGUCAGUAAUGUAUUCUUAUAAGUAGUGGAUAUGGUAGUGACGUGUGCAUUGUAUACGGAACGUGUGAUACAGACUGAAUAUUUUCUUACUUAUAUUUCAAUUCCAACCAAAGCAUAUGUGAUACCGGUACAGCAUGCAAUCAUUAUACCGAAACUCGAUUGUCUAGAAAACCUACUCAAGUCGGCUGUAAAAAAUUUCACAACCAGAAAAAGUUUCGUGAAAUCAUCAUAGAUACACAACCACCUCCAAGAAACUGCAUUAGAAGUUUAACAAUGGAAGAAAAAUGUGAAGAAAUUAUUUCUUUGGUAGAAAGUCCUAUCAUAUAGAUAGUUUUUCUGCGAUGGUAGUAACAGAUAUUUUUUCAUUCAAGAUUAGUCUUGUGAAGAGAUGAUGUUUUUGACACAACAAAAAGAAUGAGGUUUCUUUAAACAAAAUUAUGGUAAAAGAAAAACAGUCAAUUUUUAUUUAAUUUUGCUUUUAAUGAGAUGUUACACCUCUUUUGAAUCCCUUAUUAUGUUUGAAAUAAAUUAUAGACUGGUUUAAUUUAAAAGAAGAAUGCUAUUCAAAUUUUCUAUGUAUCUACUGAAACUUGAAACUUUUCUAGCCAUAUACCAUUAAAAGGGCUGGUUCCUAGAGUUAAUUAGUUUUGUAUUAUGCAAAUUUAUGCAAACUGUUGGAAGAUAAAGAUCUGAUUGCAGAUAAGCGUGAUAAGUUUUUUUACUUAUUUAUUUAGUUGUUAUGUCAUAAAAGACUUUUUUGCUGGCAAUAUAUUGUAAACUGUGGUAGGGUAAUUUUGAACAGAAACUUAAUGAGCUGGGAACCAUUCUUUGUCUGUAGCUGUAUUGUAAGAUCUUCUCUCCGAAAUUUGUAUUUAAUACUAUAUAAGAUUUGCAUGCAUAUAAUUAUUAUUUAUUUUUUUAUCUGUGGCAAAUUUAUGUUAAAGUAAUGUAAUCAGUUUAUGUAGAAAUAUUUAAAUUACUGAACGAUUUAUUAAAGAAGUUUUAAUUGAUGAUUUACUUUAAUACAGCACUAAUUUUACAAAAUGCCCGACCACAGUAGCUGUUUUUUUUGUCACUGUUAAGAUACUUUCAAUGGAAAAUGUACAAGUAUGUUCACUUUCAUAUAGAUGUUUUUAAAUAAACAGGUGUCAAACGAUAAUCAUACAGAAAAUUGUUCCGAACGACAUUGCUGUCUCGUUUUGUAUUUCUUUUUUGUGUUCGCUUUCCCUGUCUUUAAAGGGGCUUGCCUCCAGGUUAAUGUCAAUAUCUCAAAAAAAAAAAAAAAAAUUGCUGAAAAUAAUUGUACGCUAUCACAAUUGAUGAAUAUACACAAUUCAGAUUUGAUAAUUUUUGUUUAACUACAAAAUAGACUUAAAAUCCUGAUAUUUUCUUGUACAGGUAUAGGAUUAAAAGUAUUUUCUGUACAUUUUACUACCACAUGUGUGUGUUUCUGAACGCUUCAUGAUUCCAGGCUCUCAUCGUCUCAACUUUAAACUUACAUUUACUGACUUACACUGUAUUUACUCUUUAUUUCAAAAUGUUUGGCAUAAAUCUGGCAGAAAGCCCCUUUAAUUAAAACUCAUGCUCAUUUCAUAAGAUUAUUCUUUUGUUUCAUAUAUGUCAUGUUAAUCAUGUAUUAUAAAUACUUGGGGUAAAAUACAGUUAUCAUUAACCAUUUUGCUACAAAAAUACACUAACCCUAUUGCACAGUUUACCUAAUAUGGCACAUAUUAUACAUUGUAUCAAAAUAUACUAUACAUAAACUGUAAUGUCAUAUAAAUGCACAAGGAUUGCAAGAAAAGGUAGAAAAGAUACAUGAUGGGGCAUUGUUUUAUGUCGUUAUAUUCCCAAAUGUUUUUGAAGUAUUCACAAGUUGUAGGAAUAAAGUGUACAACAAAAGUUUGAUUGACAGUUGUUAAUAGAGCAACAUUUAUAUGUCUUUUUCACUCUUUAAUUUCAUUACUGUUAAUACUAAAGUGAACAAAUGCAAAAAUUGCUCACAGGUUUUUAUAACCUAGUGAUGUAUAAGCAGUUCUUUAAAAUUUUAGCACCCAUAUGUCUCUCUUAUUGUUUAAGGAAAUAAAACUGUCCUAGAUAUAAUGUACCCAGACCUUCUCUUCAGUUCCUAGUGCUUAGACGAUAUUUGUUUCUACAGGAAGUUAGUUACAAAUUUUCGAUAUUAUGUAAUGUCUGUGAUAAAUUUCGUAUAGAAGUGUUAUUUUUUGUUGUGUAAAUGAAAUAGGAUUGACCUUCUUGAUGUAUUAUAUUCUUUGUUAAGUAAAUUAUCUGCAAUAUAACGAGGUAUUUCGGUUCCAUUUUUUCUUUGUAAAAAAUGGAGGUUCACAGGUUGCCUGACCCAAAAUUUGAAAAGCACCCCAAGUUUUCUGGGUUGAUAACGAUUAGUUUGCUCAAAUUAUCCUUAGGUAUAAUUUGACAUGUAUAUCACUGUUAUUUGGGGUCUAAAAGAUAAAGAAGAGUUUUGUGAAAAAUUUCUGUAACAGAACAUGGAAAACAAACAGUAAUUUACUGUCUUUAUUGGCAGAUUAUCGAUUUUUCAUCAAAACCAUCAUUUUAACAAUCAAAGUUUACAUUGUUUUUGCUGUAAGAUUUUUUUCUUGUCUUUUUCUUCUUUUAUAGUCAGGUUGCUUUAGAUGUCAUAUUUUCUAUACACUUUAUUUAUCUAUAUUCAAUUCACUGAAACAUUCCUAAUAGCUAGUCUGUUAUAAUAUUAUUUUGGCCUGAAACUGUCUUGUUUUGUCUGAAAAGCUGUUCUCAUUGUGUCUGUUUUUGUCUCGUUCUGUCUUUGUCAGGUUGGUUUGUUGUUAAAGACAAGGUAGUUUUUUAGAAAUUACUGAUCGAUUAAAUGUGGUUUUUACAACACAAUUCUGUCCAUUUCAAAUCUGCUGAAACCCUACAGAUAUUGGGUAAUCUGCAUUUGGCAUUUUCUGCAGUUUAUGAUUUGCCGAAAUGUAAAAGUUUGCCAGACUUGGCAGGAACACAUAUCAUUCUGCUUCUUGAACAAAUUUUGUUGCAAUUUUAGUAAAGUUUUUGCAAUUUUAUUAAAGUUUCAUCCAAAUCCACAUAAUGUUACUCAUUACAGCAUUUUGUUUUUUCUUUUUUUUUUUCAUUUCAAAAUAUUGAUAUCAGUACUACGUAUUUUCUGUAGUUUAAAAUACAGGUAGGUCUUAUUGUAAGAAGUUCCAUGCAAGUUGAAACAUACAUCAACUACACAGCAAGUCUGCCUGCUUAGCUCCAUUGUCAGAGUGCAUAUUUGCGGAUUGAGGGAUUAUGAGUUCAAUCCCUGGGGUGAGGCGCAUGUUCUUGACGAUUUGAUAAAAGACAUUGUGUCUGAAAUCAUUCAUUCUCUACCUAUGAUUCAUGUAGGGAAGUUGGCAGUUACUUGUGGAGAACAGGUUUAUAUUGGUACAGAAUCCAGGAACACUGGUUAGGUUAACUGCCCGCUGUUAAAUAACUGAAAUAUUGUUGAAAAAUGGCAUUAAACCUAGAGCAAAACUAACAGCUGUCCUAAAACAACAAAAACGUGACAUGUUCUCAAGCUUCCGUCUUCAACAGAGUACUGUAAAAUCGUUUGAUUUUGUGAGUGCAAAAUUUCUUGGUUUGUGCCAAAAUUGAUAUGAAUUGAUGUAGUUUAAACUUUUGAACAUAAAAGUAUAGAAAUUUUACAUAUACUUAUGUAUUUGAUGUCAUGGAUUCACUCACCCAUGAAAUCCCCAAAUAUUAGUCCACUACAAAUGUUAAUGAUUUCACAGUAUUUUGAUUUAUCUGCUGAAUUUUUGUGCCUUUAUCUUCAUUCCUCCUGCUGAACUUUAUUUACAUCCCUCCUUGACUACUUUCACUUUUGAGAGGAAAAUCCUUGUUCACUGCAAUAUUAAGAAGACAUUUAUGUAAAAAAGGCAGAAAUUUCUUUUGUAAGUUUUUUUGACAUGUUCUUUGAGAGGCCUAUAUGCAGAAAAUUGUUCAACGUUUCGAUGAAAUAUUGUCAUUUCAUAUUUUCGCUGUCUUUAAAGUUGAACAAUUUCAGCUUACUGUUAGGCUAAUUCUGAUAAGUGAACACAAAUAUAAUGUUAACAUAAUCAGUGUAGCAUCAUUUACUUUGCAUCCUGAUGCAAUGAAAAAAAAAACUGACCAGUAUGUCAGGCAAUAAAUUUAAGUUUGGAGACCAGUCUCCGACUUAGACUUCUGAUUGGUUGUAUUUGAGUUUAUUGUUGAAACUGACCAAUGGCAUGUCUGCAUUUUUAGACUGGUCUUCAAACUCCAGUUUUAUAAUCUUGAAGCUACUGCUCUUGCCUUUGUAAAGAAUUUGGGUGAAUCCUUGACCUCCAGGUCUAGUGAUACACCUUGACUGUAACUGUUGUAUGUAAUCUAUUUAUAAGGUGAAUAAAGUUAGUAGGUCAAGGUCAGUUAUUCUGAUCAAAGUGUUCUGAUGGCUUGAAUCGUUGUUUUGUUAAAAAAUGAUAUGAAAGAAUUGUAGAAUCUGUGUUGCACAAGAAUCUGGGUAAUAUUUUUUUUUCAGGUUUUUUCAAGUUUUAGAAUAUCAAAAAGCUUAACGACAUAAAAUUCUUCCUUUCGGUAUGUAUAUCAUGUUAAGAUAUAUUGAACUUUGUCAUGGUAUUGCUUCUUAUAUUACAAAGUAAAAUCAACACACUUCAUUAAUUUAAGAAUAUUUUUUCUAAUUUGACAUCUGAAGCGUAGAAACAUCAAACGGUGAUGCUUAAUUUCUCAUCCUUCAUUUCAUCAACAUAACUGGUUUACACAUGUGGCCUAUGAUGAAUUAACAGGUUUUUUUUUCACUUACUCUUUUAUGUCAAGUGGAUGAACUCCCACGAAAAUCUUUGAUAAAUCAAGAAGGUAAUAGGGUUAGGGUUCAGUCAGAAGGUUUAUAGCACAAAAGGAAAUUCAGCUAGACAGUCAAGAAUUUACUUACAGUACACAGAAUUCUUCAGCAAUGUUUUCUGUUAAUUCUCAGUAAUUUCAUACAAAACUCCAGAAAAAUUUAAAGUCUAGCGACCAGGUUAAAGCUUUAAAAAAAAAGCCCCUAAUAAGUGGCGUGAUUGUAAAGUAAAUAGUAAGGGUUAACAUUAGCUAAUAAAAAGUUUUCGAUUGAAUAGUUUCUUCGCAGCUUACCAGCACACAAUAUUAUGUCAUCAUUAGUCACCAGUGAGUGCCUUUACAAACAGAAGCACCUCAUUUGUUUUCAUUGAACCAUCAUUAUAUAUUCAGCAUUCAACUUGAUGUUGGUUGACAUUUCAGUCCAUAUAACAAGACAUUUGACUCGAUUUUUCAGACGUUCAACUCAAUAUUGUCAGACAUUUGUUUUCAUUUUGUCAGACAUGUAUCCACUUGGUAUUGUUGGACAUUCAACUAAAUGUUGUCAAGACAUUCAACUGGUUAUUGUUCUGUGAUUUUUUUCUUCUUUUUUUUUAAAUUUAUAUUUUUUGUUCAAUUUUUAUCAGCGAUACAGGUGACUUGUCCAGUGAGUUUCAAGGUUUUAAUUUGUAUUUUUCCACCAGUUCUUUUACAAUGCAUGGAAUACAAGAACAAAAGUUACAAUUCUAGGUAUUUCCUAGUUGUUUAAGCUAUCAUAGUAAAAAGAUCAAAAUGAUAAGAGGAGGUUGAAAGAUGAAGACGUAUUUGUUGGGUUGUGUGGAAAACAAAGACAUGUAGCGAAAAAUGUUUGCUGAAAAGACAGACAUUUGCUUAGGACCUGUUUACCAUGCUAAAGAAACCAAAAACUUUACUUUUUUCCAUGUAAAAAAUAGUGUAUUUAAACCUGUGGAUACAUUUUUCCAUGUAAAAAAAUAUAGUGUAUUUAAACCUGUGGAUAAAGGUCGCCUUUAAGAGUGAUGAUGGUCUUUAUACACAGGUUUGACUGUUAUCUGAAAAACUAAAUCAAAUAGCGGGAAAUGUAAAACAUGUUUCGGCAAAUUGAGCGAAAUUGCAGUUACGACAAUUUAAAUCCUACAUGUACUUUUAUUAAUACAUAUAGAAAACCUCAACCUUUCUAAAUAAACUUGAGGUUUAAAAUGAGUGUAACACACCUCUUUUAGUGGGAGGUUUUGGCAGAUAUCUUUAUAAGGGAGAUAGUGCAAUGAUGAAAUGUUCAAAUUAUACAUGUAUGUUUGUUGCUAUGUCAUAAUAGGUGUGCUAAGAUUUAUGUAUGUGAAAUAAAGUCCACCUCCGAUAUAGAAACAGGUAUAGAUUGGGUUGUUCCACGUUUGUGAAGAAAAUUCUUUUAAGGGAAAACCUAGCAAUGGAAUAUAUAUAUACUUGAUUGAAAAGUUAGUUUAUGUGUCAUUUACUUGCUUUUUUCACUUAAUUGAAAAAGUAAGAUUUAAUUGCGACCUGUUUGCUUAUGGAUAAAAAAUAUUUGCAAGAUAGAAUGAAGGUAAAAUGAAAUGAUGCAAGACAGAAAUCUGUGUGUUGAUGUACUGAAGUUGUUAAAUUGUCCCAGCCAAAAUGUCUUAAACACACCAAAGCUAUGUUAAGUUUGUAUAGAAUUAUUGUCUGUUUUACACGUUGUCGUGCAAAAUAUUCUUGACUAUUUCUUUUUUGAAUGAAAAAAAGAAAUUGUAACUUUUAAGUGUUAACAACCUUGUCUUUGAAAGUAAGUUCUAACUUUAGUAUACAAGAUAUUAACUAACCAUUUUCAUUGAAGAAAUUACUCGUUAUUGAAAUGAAGUGUACCAACAGUUUGUGCCACGAUAACACUGUAGAACAGACAAUAAUUUUUACGGUAUAAUGCUUUGAUAGCAUCGUUUGUUUCUAGUGAAGUUAAGUAGGUAACUCAGUGUGAUUAUUGUUUUGUUAUUUGUUUAAUAUUGUCUUGAAUUUUUUUUUUGAAAUUUGAUAUGUAUAUAUAAAUAUAUACAGAGCUAUAUGAAUUAAAUAUUAUACAUUAACUUAA